AAAAAGAAAAACAAAAAAAAAAAAGAAAAAUCUUACUGCCACUAACAGUUGGAGACAAAGACACGUAGGACGUUAUCAACGAAAACUAGCAGUAGCAGGCAGUUGGACCGACCGGCCGGCGGACCAACUGUUUGAGUUGAGUGUGGGAUUGAUGAUGGAGCUGAGUCCUCCCCAACCACCGCGCCUCUCGACGAUUAAUAUAAAAAGUCAAAAAGAAAACGUAGUAAGGGUAUGGGGAGUGAAGCAGAAGAGCAGCAGAAGAAGAAGAGAGAGACAGAGAUGUGAAUGUAAAGGUCAGAUGGGGGGUGGGAAGAUGGUAGUGGAGCUGGUUGGAGCUUUCAACGAGCUCACCGAGAGGAUGAACGUGCUCUCAACCAGUUCCUCACGUUUACUCUUCAAGUCUCUCAAGCUCUCUAUUCCUAUUCUUCAUCAUUUGCCUCUCUUACCUGAUGGUCGCUCUCCUCUUUCUAAGGCCUUGUCUGUUGCUCUUCUUCUCGCCCAUCUUCAGAUGGAUGCAGAAGUUAUUUCGGCUAGCAUCUUGAUACAAGUUUUUGAGGCCGGUGCAAUAUCCAUACGUGAAGUCAGAGAGCGCAUAAGCACCGCUACUGCUCAUCUCCUGAAUGAGAGUUUACGCGUCAAGAGCAUUCCUUCCAGAGUUGAAGUUUUGGAUGAUGAAGGGGCUGCUGCUUUAAGAAAGUUCUGUCUUACCUACUAUGAUAUCCGAGCUGUAAUUCUUGACUUGGCUCUCAAGCUUGAUAUGAUGAGACAUUUGGAUUAUCUCCCUAGAUAUCAGCAACAAAUGCUGUCUCUCCAAGUCAUGAAGAUACACGCCCCCUUGGCUCAUGCUGUGGGAAUUAACUACUUGUCAUUGGAGCUGGAGGACCUCUCAUUCCGCUACCUCUUCCCAUAUUCCUACCUCUAUGUCGAUACAUGGCUACGCAGCCACCAGACAGGAACUAAGUCUCUAAUAGAUAUAUAUGUGGAAGAGCUCCACCAAUCCCUUCAAGCUGAUUCUAUCUUAGCAGACAUGGUGGACAACAUCUCAGUUAAAGGCCGCUAUAAAAGUCGGUUUAGCACAAUGAAGAAGCUCUUGAAAGAUGGUCGCAAACCAGAGGAAGUAAAUGACGUUCUAGGUUUGCGAGUCAUCUUGAAGCCCAAAUCUGGAGUAGAUAUGUCAGAAGUAGGUGAGAAAGCAUGCUAUAGGACUUGCGAAAUUAUUCGAUCUCUGUGGAAAGAAAUGCCACACAGGACUAAAGAUUAUAUUGCUCAGCCCAAAGCUAAUGGAUAUAGGAGUUUACACAUGGCAGUUGAUAUAAGUGACAAUGGCAAGAACAGACCACCAAUGGAAAUUCAAAUAAGAACUAUGGAGAUGGACAUGCUGGCAGUUGAUGGAACAGCAUCCCAUUCAUUAUAUAAGGGCGGCCUUACUGAUCCAGAAGAGGCAAAGCGGCUCAAGGCUAUAAUGAUGGCAGCAGCUGAACUUGCAGCAUUGCGUCUUAGAGAUCUUCCCUCAGCUAAAGGUAUUGAGAUUGACCGAAAUGAUCGUGUAUUUUGUCUUUUUGACAAGAAUGGUGAUGGCCGGAUCAGCAUUGAGGAGCUUAUGGAAGUGAUGGAAGAGCUUGGUGCGCCAGGGGAAGAUGCACGAGAGAUGAUGCAGCUUCUCGAUUCAAAUAGUGAUGGUUCUCUAAGCUCUGAUGAAUUUGAUACAUUUCAGAAACAGGUUGAAUUCAUGAGGGCUUUAGAGGACAGAGAUGAUGAAUACAAGAGCAUGCUGAAUGAGAAACUUAAAAUGGCAGAAAAUAGUGGGUUGAUUCAGGUGUAUAGCAAAGAGCUCGGCAACAGACUGGCAGGGUAGGAGCUGUUAAAUGCAUGGAAGGUUUAUGUAGAAAUACGCAGUCUGUAAAUAAUUUUGUUUAAUUAUGUAUAGUGAUGCUAUGUUGCAUUUUAGCAGUUAGUGUCUGGUUUAAAAAAGAGGGAAGGGGGAAUGGAGCUCGAGACGCAAAGUCAAAGUCGAGAUAACACUAGUAAUGUUUCUGAACCGGGUUCUAGGCUUCUUUUUUCCUUUUCGCCUUAGAAUUGCAACUAUAAGAUUGAAGUAUUGAAAGUCUUUGUAUUGUCUCUCAAGAAGACAUAUUGAUCAUAUGGAUAAACCAGUGGCGCCAUGUGUUAUUUUGUCUUUAUUUAUUUAUUAGGAUGAACAUUUUACA